AUGGUCAAUCUCAAAAUUCAUUGGAAGGGCCGUCCUCAUCGAACAUUCCCACGAAUAGAAACUAUCUCGAGUCGUCCUCAAACCGACCUCACUCCUUGUGCCUCUCACGCCAACAGAGGCACUUGCGGAAUACACAAUUGUCGAGCGCUAGAACAGGCUCGAAGAAAACAAAAGAUUGAGGCUCGUAAUCGAAGUUCGAAAACUUCUAAGGUCUCUACUGUUACUCGCUCGAAAAGACGUGCUUCGAAGCAGGCUAUACAAGAAGUUUUUGGAAGGGAGUCACCUUGCUCGAAUACUACAAGGCAGGAUCAGGAGAGCGAUAUUUAUUUUCCACUUGUCGAAACUAUCGUCGAAUCGAAACCAUAUCAUUCUGGUAAAAUCAUCCACGAGACUCCUCAUAUUCAUUCCGUAGACGGCGCUGCAUGUUCGAUUCCCAAUAGAAUCAAAACUUGCCUUACGAAUAAGAAUAAAAAAUCUCAAAAGGGAACUCGAGUCAACUCCAUUAAUUCGAGACAGUUGGCUGGAGGAUCCGUUGGUCAAGCCCGUCGCUAUCAAGCAAAUCCUGAAACGACUGUAACACAAAGCAGUCGUGUUCAAGAUUCCAGGGCUUUGUAUAAGAAAUAUAAUCCAUCCAUCCGUACUGGCUUUGCCUCCCCAGCCAGAAGCAAAGCUUUCUUGGCUGCAUCUACGCUCGCAAGUCUUUACGAAGAACAAGGUGCCAAUUCUCGGAAAAUUACACAGUCAGGAGCACCUAUAUCAGGCGACCCUUCCAAAAAAGAGAUUUCGAGAGGUGGAACGGCAUUUAUUGGAGCAUCAAGACUCGCAAGCUUGGCUCAAAGAGAUUCGUUUUCCUCUUCUGUUCGUUCCAUUGUGCAGAGUAUUGCUUCAAAUCCUUCUUCUCGUAGUCCUAGUCAAAGACGAGCUUUGAAGCGCUUCACUAGGGAACUUGAGUUAUAUCUUCAAAUCGUGAAGCAAGCACCAAAGCAAUCGCCUAUCUCAUCCGUACCCUCGAUUAGCUUUUCCACGCAAACGAUACAGACCCUACAUGAGUUUAAGCCUUAUCACGCCGAGUUUCAAGCUGCUGGAUUAGCGGUGACAUCGGCGGAACAACGUAGGCAGUCGGUUCCGUACGUCUACCUACACGAACGCAGAAACACUGUUCCGGAAGUCCAGCCACUGCCAUACGAGCUUAGUGGUGCGGGACUGCUAGCGAAAUUAGAAAUCCAACGAAGAAGAUCCCUCUCCGAUAUUGUAGAGCCGCCACAAGAUAGUUCACCUGACGACAGAAUGGGUAUGAAAGGUUCAAAUGUGCUGACCAAGAAAUCGGUACCUGACCGUGUGAACCCAGAAAGAGAAUUGUCGGCAAUGAGUAAUGCUUCAGAGGAAACUGUCAUUGAGUGGACACCGGUAUAUGAGCGGAAAGAUCCAAUCAAUCGUCUUGAUAGCCCCCCAUGUUGCGAUCUAGCACCUCCUGUCAUGCGAGCCCCGUCGCCUGCAAAGUCAAAACGUGUAGAUCCUGUUGACCCACCUAAACGUACGACGUCUCCUGCUAAGAAACCCUUACCUUGGCUCCGUAAGCCGCAAAAUAUAGCCGGAAGUCCUUCUGUACUUGACAAGCCCACGAAAAACAACAGGAUGAGCAAUUUAGCUGGAGACGCAACGGCAUCACCCCCGUACUCAGACUUCACGAGUCAAGUGAAUUCGCAGUCUUCUUCUAUAGUAUUACAUCUUGAUACUCCACCGGAGCAUAAACGUUAUAUUCCAACUCAGAUCUCCCAAAAUCCCACUAGCAUCACCUCCGCCACGACACCCGUGCCACCUACCACGACCCCUUAUCCACAGUCAUUCACCGGUCCCGGAGAAGGUGAUAAUAUUGACAUGGGAGAUUUUGCCAGUCUAGAACAACUUCCUAACCAAACUCGUGCUGCGCCCACCAAUGGGGACACCAUAGCACAAAAGGAUACACGUCUGCUCAAGAAUCAUGCCACUCAAACAAGUCCUGCUCCAUCAUUCAUCACCCGAGCUCCACAUUUUACCACUCAAAUCCCCGUUACAGUUCAAAGUCAACAACGCCGAGGUCUUAUUCUCAAAUCGUCUAUAAUCGGCGAAACUCAAAGGCGACAGACACCCCCAAAAGCAAAGGCUGUCAAUACCCCAGAACCUGCGCCUCCACAUCAAAUCUCACGCGCCGCUUCUACUAUGGCAGCUUCAUGUGAUCCUCCAUCUCCACUCUGUUGUACUCAGUGUAAUGUAGAGUUGAACACCAUUCCGAGUUUAAAGGUUCAUCCGAAAAAGGCAUCGGCGCCAGGACCAUCCGUUGGGUUUGAAUCAAAUUCGAAGAUGAAUAACAUCAAUACGUGUGAGAUUCCUGAGACAGUACAUUGUGCAGGGUGCAAACUAUCUACGGCCAAUACAGACACGGAUACAACGACAGUUGCAAGUCAAUCUUCCAAGCGAUACGUGCAAAGAGAUAUCCACUCACAUGAAUAUGGUGAUAUAAGAAAACCGGACACUGGUUCGAGGGAGGAACGGAAAAAUCUAGAUGUUUCAGCGGAUGAAGGACACUAUGCUCGUCAAUCUGAUGUUCGCCCAUGUGAAGGAAAAGCAAGGUCAGAAAAGAUAUCAACACCGCUUCCUGAUCCUACCAAGAAAAGGUUAAUACCAGAGCGGGUACUACCGUCACAGUCAAGUACUACCUCUAUACCAGUACCCAUCCAAGCUACUGAGUCAAAUCAAUCAACAAGACCUGGAUACGUUCAAGGCCAAGUCCUUGCUUAUGCAAAGCUGCCUGAUAUCCCUAUAUUGUUGGAUAUCAACCCUAAAUUAUCGGUUUCUGAAUCUGUAGGAGAUCUACAAAACCAACUUGCCUCAUUAGAAAGACAGACUAGACAGGAAAGAGAUACGAAGAAACUAUUCAAGGGGUUGAGAGUUGCUACUGCAGCUGCUUGUGAAGAGGGAGUCGACACAUUCAUUGAAGAGAUCACAGGAUACAAGGUCAGAAAAAUGCUUAUGGAUUUAGGUGCAUUGGAUGGACUUGGUGUGAACACCUUGGCGAAUGUUGCAAGACAGACUGCUAAGAAGAGGAGGGGGGACCUUAGGAGAUUACAGAUGACUCCGAUAACUAAAGUAGAAGGCAGGGAGGGAAAUUUUGAACGGGGGUUGGGAUUUCGCGAUGGUGAUGGUGAUGGGACGUGGAAAGAUGGAUUGGAAGAAGUAGCUAGGAUGAUAGAGAAAGAACGGGGAAAGUUACCCAGGAGCCAGUCUGGGGAGAAGCGCAAGAAUAUCAGAAGUGCGGAGAAACCGUCUAGAGAUAGAGCUUUGGGAUUAGUGGCGGGGGACCAGGGAGUUAGAAUGAGAGAGGAGGCGGAAGCCAUGUUCUAUGAGGCAAGUGCGAGAGAGGAUUGA